AUGACUACUAUCAACAAAGUUGCCCUUGCUGGUAAAGGACAUCUCGGCUCCGCCGUCCUGGACCAGCUUCUGAAAAAUGGCUUCGACGUCACUAUUUUAAGCCGCUCUACUUUUGAGGCACCUUCCAGAGCGAAAGUUGUCCAAGUCGACUACUCUUCCGUUGAUAGCCUGUCUGCGGCUUUGAAAGGCCAUGAUGCCGUUGUCAGUACUCUCAACGCAGUGGCUACUCUUUCUCAAAAGAUUAUCAUCGACGCUGCCAUUAUCGCUGGCGUAAAGCGUUUUAUCCCGAAUGAGUUCAGCUCAAUCGGCACUGAUCCGAAGGCGAGAGACAUCCCCGUCCACAAGAAUGUCAUCGAAAUCCAGGACUAUCUGAAGGGAAAUGGACAAACCGGAAAGAUUGAGUACACGAUUGUCUCCACUGGGCCAUUUCUUGAGUACGCACUCGGCAGCCCGUUGUUCUUAGACUUUCACAACCGUACUAUCGACUUAUACGGCGAUGGGAAUGUCCGUGUUAGCACCACUAGUAUUGCUGGCAUCGGCCAAGCAAUUGCUGGUGCUCUCAAAAAGCCCGAUCAGACAAAGAAUCGCGUCAUCCAUGUCCAUGAAGCCGUAAUUAGCCAAAAUCAACUUCUACAGCUUGCCAAGAAGGCUGAACCGACAGCUACCUGGACUGAAAAUAAGAUUGAGCCCGAGAAAGCACUUGAAGAAGCCACGGACAAGUUUAUUCAAAGUCCAACCGAUCCCUCGUCUCUGGUAGGGAUACUUAAAGCCGCCAUACUUAGCGGCAAAUACGACGCUGAGUACCAGAAGACCGACAACGAGGUCGUGGGUCUGCCAUUCCUUUCAGAUAAGGAGCUGGAGAGAAGGUUUCUAUCACUGCUUACCCAAAAGGCGGAGUAA